AUGGCAGAAAAUCUCGAAGAUGUUGAAGCACCAUCAUAUUUAGAAGAUUACAUGAUAAUCCAAGACAUACUUUCAUCAUUAGAUCAGAAAAACAUUGAUGAUUCCGCAGAGCAAAUUAUAGAUUUACCUUUUUCUUCAACAUCUGAUGGAUUAGACUUCUUAUGUAAGGAAAUUAUUAGAUUUUCAACUCUGAGACCUAAAAUUUCUGAUCCAUUAUCGAAGUUUGUAUUAAAAAUUAACAGUGAUCCAAGAUUUUUGAAGUUUAAACCAUUGCUUUUGAAGAAGCAUACAACUACUAAGAAUUUUAAUAUUCUCAGACACUGCUUGGACUUGGGAAUGUACAACGGAAAUGAUAUUAAAGAUCUAAUUACAAUUUAUAAUCCUUAUGCGCGUGAUGAUAGAUUCCUACUAUACGCAACUUUCGCUCCUGAAAUAGAAAAAGUUGAUCCAAAUCUAAGUUAUGAAUUCUUUAUCAUAAUUAGCGCUCAAAAUUCAUGUCCAGGACUUCAUUACGUAUUACCACACUUAUCCGACUAUCUAAAGGACGAUGCAAAACGUCUUAAAGCACUUAACAAGUACGGAUGCGAGCCAGGUUCUGUUGCUUAUGCAUUGAAAUACGAUGACCUUGACGGGCUUAUGGAUUUCGUCGCAAAACAACAUUUCAGCAUCAGCGAUACAAUUACGCCUAACAAUUUCGAGCCUGCAAUGAUGGUAGAAGGCUCUCAUUUUAUAGAUUACGCUGCUUUCUUCGGAAGCGCCGAUAUAUUCAGACAUUUAUAUACUCUAAAUGCCAAACAUAGUAAUUACUCAAGAUAUGCUUUGGCAGGUGGAAAUAUCGAGAUAAUCAGACUUUGCGAAGAUCUCAUUAAGAAAUAUCCUACAUCGUAUGUUACGGCAGUUGAGUUCUUCCAGAGCAAGAUUUUUGAUUGGAUUUUGACUUUUUUGCCAUUAUCGGAAGAAAUUCAAAACCAAUGCUUGUUUGAAGCCGCAAAAGUGUGCAACAUCAGAGCACUUAUCUUUUUUGCCAAUAGAGUUCCAGAUAUCAAUGCCUUAGACGUUGAUCAUAAUAAUGCUCUUCAUUUCGCUGUCAAAGCUGGUUGUAUCCCAGUUAUUAAGUUCUUAUUGGAUAAGGGAUGCAAUCCAACAGUUAAGAACUCUUCUCAAAUGCUUCCUAAACAGUUUACAAGAGAUAUGCAAAUCCUCAGGAUUCUUGAAGAAGCAGAGGAGAAAAUGUAG